AUGGGAAAAAAGGAUAAGAAAGGUGAUACAAGUGACGGCUCCAGCGAAGACGAGUACGUAGUGGAAAAGGUCCUUGACAAGCGUACCGUAAAGGGAAAGAUACAAUAUUUGCUAAAAUGGAAGGGCUAUAAAGAAGAAGAGAGUACCUGGGAACCAGUUGAGAACCUGGACUGUGAGGAGCUCAUCAGGACCUUUGAAGAGAACAGAAAGGAAAAGGAGAAGUCUUCGAAGAAACCAGAAGACCGCGCCAAGAAACGCGUUCGUGAGUCAAGCGUGGAAACGAGCUCUGGCCGCAAGGGUCGCGGCACCAGCGUCUCCUCCGCCGAUGAACACAAGGAGAAACGUGAGCGGAAGGAUGACAAGCCUAAGAGUGGCUUCGACAAAGGUCUCAAGGCGGAAAAGAUUAUAGGUGCGUCGGACGCCACGGGCGAAUUGAUGUUUUUAAUAAAAUGGCAGGACUCCGACGAGGCAGAGCUCGUGCCGGCCAAGGUGGCCAACGUGAAAUGCCCCCAGCAGGUGAUCUCGUUCUACGAGGAGCGGCUGACGUGGCACACGCCGGCGGAGGAGUGA